CCGGAAGUGUGUCGAAGACAGCAGCACCAGCAGCAGCUGGCUCGCCGUAGUUGGAGCGUCAAGCUAACGUUACGUCCCGCGGCAAGACAACAUGCAACGACGACAUGUCAGCAACGUCUAGAACUCUUCCUUUAGAAGACGCUGCGUCGCGGCCAUUUGUCACAUAAACGGUGUAACUAGAACCAGCUUCUCGUCACUCGCUGGGACACCGGGACGUCUCCGGGCCGCUCCCGAUGUCCUCCGGCUGUCCGCCCCAGUCGCCUGCAGUGGCAAAGUCUGAGGUACCGGUAGAGGGAGAAUGCCCGCUGCUGGCCGCCACCUUCGCCUACUGGGACAACAUCCUGGGCCCCCGCGUGCGCCACAUCUGGACGCCGAAGGGGGACCAGCUGAUGUUCCUCAGCGACGGAGAGGUCACCUUCUUGGCCAACCACACGCUCAACGGGGAGAUCCUGCGCAGCGCCGAGUGCGGCGCCGUGGACGUGAAGUUCUUCGUCCUGGCGGAAAAGGGCGUCAUCAUCGUGUCGCUCAUCUUCGACGGCGAGCUGAAGGGAGACAAGAACACGUGCGCCUUGUCCAUUAUCCUCCCGCAGACAGAGCUGCCCUUCUACCUGCCCCUGCACACCGUCUGCGUGGAGAGGCUGAAGCAUGUUAUCCGCAAAGGGCGCAUUUCCAUGCAGAAGGGCUACAACAUCAUCUCGGUGCUGAGCCUGGAGAUCGUCCCCAUAAUGGAGCUGUUGGCCUCGAUGAAGUCGCACAGCGUGCCCGAAGACAUAAACAUAAAAGACACGGUGCUAAAUGAUGAUGACAUCGGGGACAGCUGCCACGAGGACUUCCUCCACAAGGCCGUCAGCUCUCAUCUGCAGACUUGUGGCUGUUCCAUCGUGGUGGGAAGCAACCCGGAGAAAGUAAAUAAGAUUGUGCGGACCCUGUGCCUCUUCCUCACCCCGGCUGAGAGGAAGUGCUCCCGCCUCUGCAGGACCGACUCUUCUUUCAAAUAUGACACGGGCCUGUUUGUUCAGGGUCUGCUCAAGGACUCCACAGGCAGCUUCGUGAUGCCCUACCGCCAGGUGCUCUACUCCCCGUACCCGAGCACGCACAUCGACGUCGACAUCAACACGGUCCAGCAGAUGCCGCCGUGCCACGAGCACACGUACAACCAGCGGCGCUACAUGCGGUCCGAGCUGAGCGCCCGCUGGAAGGCGGACAGCGAGGAGGACGUGGCCCCCGACACGGUCAUCCACACCGACGAGAGCUUCACCCCCGACCUGAAUAUAUUUCAAGACGUCAUGCAUAAAGACACUUUGGUGAAGUCUUUCAUAGAUGAGGUGUUCAUGCUGAAGCCCAGACUGUCCCUGCGGAGCACCUACCUGGCCCAGUUCCUGCUGCUGCUCCACAGGAAGUCCCUCACGCUGCUCAAGUACAUCGAGGACGAGACGCAGAAGGGGAAGAAGCCCUUCCGAUCGCUGCGCAACCUGAAGACGGACCUGGACCUGACGGUGGAAGGCGACCUGUACAUCGUCAUGGCCUUCGCCGAGAAGCUGCGGGCGGGGCUUCACUCCUUCGUGUUCGGGAAGCCGUUCUACACCAGCAUGCAGGAGCGGGACGCGCUCAUGAGCUUCUGACGCGCUGCACGCCGUCUCGUCUUCGGUUUGUUGUUGUCGUCAUUGUUGUGCGUGCGUGUGCGCGUGCGUGCUACAGCUCUGCUGGAACGAGAAGAACACAGCGAUGUUUUGAUAAAUUCAAGGCGUGAUUGUUACAGCUAUUAUGAGCCAUUAGAAUUAAAGUUCUGAUAUAUCGCCUGGAUGUGACCGGGAGCAUAAUGUGACUUUAAUGUUUUUAAGAAGUGACUCUGAGCCGCGAGAGUUAUUCAUGUAUUCUAUGCCGUCGUAUUAAUUUAUGGCGUUGAAAUUGGCUGAGCAGCGCCGCAGGACAUUUGCAAUAUAAUUUAGAAAUCAUAUUUAUUAAAACAUGAGUUAUGCCCGUGUUAUACAAUAACCUCAGAACUCCUGAUCACCUGUCUUUUCCUGUUUUUGCUUUUCAAGAAAUUCAAUUAAAGAUGCCGUGUUUAUUGAAUGUGCCGAUCAAGUGACAAUAGAAAGACAAGUCUCGUCACAACGAGUGUGUAGCCGAAGUGUGUGUGAUCAUUAAACGUGUCCGCAGCUGUGCGUAACGUG